UAGUAGAAGCUCCUCCGUGAGAAAGAUAAAUACCAACGGCAAGUGCGCGGUCUGCAGUUACUACUCUCACAACGCUGCUUCUUUCUCUCUCUACUCUCUCUCCUCACUCUUUUUAUCUUUUGUAUACGUGCUUCUUCAGAAAAGAACCUGAAAAUGGAAGGCAUCAUAAGAGAAUACUAAGAUUUUUCUCAGGUUGGAUUUUUGGCGGAAAUGGGAAAGAAAGGAAGUGGAUGGUUUUCCACAGUGAGGAAAGCGUUCAAACCUUCUUCCAAGGAUUUCCCGGAGAAGAAGAAAGAGAAUGCAGAGAAAUAUCAUGACGCGCAGGAGGUUGUGUCCUUGGAACAUUUUCCUGCAGAAAGUUCUCCAGAUGUCACAAUUAAUGAGAGUGAUGAAACAUCUUCAGUGACUGAAGACCGAAAUCAUGCUAUUGCAGUGGCAGUGGCAACUGCUGCAGCGGCAGAAGCUGCAGUUGCAGCUGCACAAGCAGCGGCCAAAGUUGUUCGAUUGGCCGGUUAUGGACGCCAUUACUCUAAGGAUGAAAAAGCAGCAACUGUCAUACAAUCACAUUACAGAGGAUACCUGGCUCGGCGAGCUUUGCGUGCUUUGAAGGGAUUGGUGAGGCUACAGGCACUGGUGAGGGGGCAUAAUGUGCGCAAGCAAGCGCAUAUGACAAUGCGGUGCAUGCAGGCAUUAGUGCGCGUACAAGCAAGAGUGCGAGCACGCAGGCUCCAAUUGGCCCAUGAGAAGGUACAGAAGAAAGUAGUGGAAGAACAACGACAUGGAGCAGAGAAAGAAGUUCGGAAGCCAAUGACCCCAUUGAAUAAGUUUGAAGAGAAAGGUUGGGAUGGGAAUGAUCAGAAGAAAGUGAAAGAAAACACUAGUAGAAAACAUGAUUCUGUCAUGAAGAGGGAGAGAGAUCUCGCUAUUGCUUUUACUUACCAGGAGCAGAAGGAGCAACAACGUCAAUUCUUGAAUUCGAAACCAAAUGAUGAGGAUUCCCCAUUCUAUGGGAACAAUGGAGAAACACAACAAUGGGGUUGGCAAUGGCUCGAGCGUUGGAUGGCAUCGCAACCGUGGACCCACAAUGUGGGGACACGGGAUAGCUCAUACAUGAUGCUACCAACUGCCGAUAACGCAUCUGAGAAGACGGUUGAGAUGGAUUUGGUUACGGGCUCAGGAAAUGUCAAACCAGGCCGGUUCAGUGACUCAAUAGCAUCAGUUCCAUACCCAAGUCGACAGCAUCGGCAUUCGGUCUCGGACAGACUGGACAGUGUCCCAAGCUUCAUGGCACCAACCCAAUCCGCAAAAGCCAAGGUGCGAAGUCAGUCCUCGCACAAGCAACGUGGUCCAUCAGGAGCCCAAUGGAAUCCAUCAACAAAGAGGGGACCUGUUUUGGGUUCGGGCUGUGACUCGUCGAGUUCGGGCGGAGGAACCGCAACCUAUCAGGCCCCAAGGAGCCCAGGCUCAAAAUACGAAGUAGGCCGUGGACAGGGUAAGUGGGUUGGAGGCCACAGUCCGGAUUAUGGUGGAUUCGAUGAUAGGGCACUACCUUUGGGAGGUCACGGUUGGAGACACAAUUUUGGUUGAUUGUGUUAAAGAACCCACUAUAAUUAUGCUUUAUUUAUACAACUCUCUUAUAUGUUCAUACAUUUUUAUUUAUUGUAUUAUGUGGUGAAUGGUGAUUUAUUAUUAUGGAUACAAAGCCAUAUUAAUUUGAAAUUA